CAGUUCCUCCGUCCAAUGGGAAUAGUGCUCGUGCAGGUGGCUGCGCUAUUAUCAGCGGGUCCCGGCUUCCCCCGCAGCUAAAGAGCAGCGAGUCAAUUUAUGGAAAGACAAGCCGAGCCCUUAAUGGUUCCCAUCAAAACCACUAAAAACAUCAUCAGCGGCUUCCUGUGGCGGGCACGUUGUGACAGAACGAGACCACGACGAACACGCGGAGACGUUUUUGGGACUUUUCGAGCUGUUCGCUUCCCCAGAGAGGAGAGAAGUUUUCCAACAUUCCCACACUCUUCUUCUUCUUCGUCCUCCUCCUCCAGGAUACUUCAGGAGAAGCAGAGGUGGCCUGGAUCCUGACUCUUCAACUUUAUUUACUCGAGUCUUUUAUUUCCCGUUUCUUUUAACCGAGCGUGCCCGGUGGUUCAUGCUCACAAAUGUUAGCGGUCGGGCAGAUGGAGGCUAACCGGCAGAGUGCGUUCGUCCUGGGCAGCACCCCGCUGGCGGCGUUACACAACAUGACCGAGAUGAAGACGUCCCUGUUCCCGUACUCGCUGCAGCAGGGCCCGGCGGGUUUCAAGACGCCCCAUCUCUCCAACCUUAACUCCCAGCUCUCCCACCUUAACUCCCAGCUCUCCAUGGGCACCCCGCACGGAAUAAGCGACAUCCUGGGAAGACCCAUCACCACGGCCGGGCAGCUGCUCUCCGGGUUCCCAAGGAUAAAUGGCCUGGCAACCACCGCAGCCGCCGCAGCCGCUGCGGGAAUGUACUUCAGCCCGGCGGUGUCGCGGUACCCGAAGCCCCUGGCCGAGCUGCCGGGGAGGGCGCCUAUCUUCUGGCCCGGGGUGAUGCAGGGUUCUCCCUGGAGGGACCCGCGGAUUCCCUGUCCCACUCAGGCGAGCAUGAUGAUGGACAAGGACGGGAAGAAGAAACACUCCAGACCCACUUUUUCAGGACAGCAGAUUUUUGCACUGGAGAAAACUUUCGAGCAGACGAAAUACCUGGCCGGCCCGGAGAGAGCGCGCCUGGCUUAUUCUUUAGGGAUGACCGAGAGUCAAGUCAAGGUUUGGUUUCAGAACAGAAGAACCAAAUGGCGGAAGAGACACGCGGCAGAGAUGGCCACGGCCAAGAAAAAGCACGACUCUGAGACCGAGAAGAUGAAGGAGAGCUCGGAGAACGAGGACGACGACGAGUACAACAAACCGCUGGACCCAAACUCAGACGACGAGAAAAUCACGAGACUGUUGAAAAAGCACAAGGCCACCAACCUGGCGCUGAUCAGCCCCUGCAGUAACAGCUCGGACACUUUGUGAUGCCCACACCUGAUGGGGCCAAAGUCUGGGGGGUCCUACAAAGAGAGACCUGUCGCACUCUUUCUGACCCCCUUUUCCACCUGACAUUAUGAACAUGCGCCUGAUGGGAUGCGUUAAACUCACACGGAGCCAGAAAUGCGGAGUGUGUGCCAUGACGCACGGAGAACGCGCUGACCGUGACGCAUCCAAAUCCAAACUUUUACAGACUCUGUGUACUCGGAGAUGUAACUUCUGUCAAAACUGGACUUCAACAAGACUAAUAAGUUCACGUCAGCUGAACGGACAAUAAAUAUUGGGGAUGAGGAGCCGUUUUGGCGACGUUUUUACGCAUAAAACUGGAGUUUUAACAACAGGUGUAAAUGUAACAAACUAUUAUUCACACACAAUCCGGAUCAGUGUCGGGCCUUUCAGUGUGACUUAUUUCAUUUAUUUCACACAUAAAGGUGCUUUUAUUUCUCACUCAUGGAGGCAUGGCACCUGUUACAUUAUGCGUAACACAUUAAUCUUAAAAAAAUGGCAGCUCCUUCCUCAUUUCAAAGUCUGGCAGGCCGCUUAUUUAGCUCUGAAUUAGACCAAUGAAUGUUUUUAUGAAUCGGCGAUAUUUUAUUUGAAGGAAAAUGACAAAACUGCCUCUUAAGUUGUUUUUUUUUAUGAAACAAAGUAUGCACCACUUUCAUUUAAAAAAUCGACUUUAUUUUAAAAUGUCGAUUCCUAAACGGCUCACGGUCAUUUUAAGCCGUUUUUAAAGGUGACUGUCAGUCGUAAUUAUGAGCAGCCGACACUGAUCCGGGUGCGGGACGCAUGUUAAAAAUGGCAGGUGUAAUCGGGGCCUGUGAUGCUUCUAAAGCUCAGUUUAACCAGGGUAUCCACUGUCCUAAAAGGCGAGAGAGUUGAAUGUUCUGCGGGCGCAUAUUUGAGCUGAAUGGAUGAUUUGUGCUGCAGCCUGAAGAUGAAAAAUGUUCGUGUGAAGAUUGUAUAUAUUUUUUACUGAAUAAGUUAUGUUCGGACGCGCUUAUUGCCCCUCAGAUAGACCCGCUGCUUCCUUUUCAUUCCUGCAGAAUAAUGCCGCCUCUUUUCUUCUGCUCCGGAACAGAAAUGUACAGACUCAGAAUGCUGUAAAUAAUCACUGUAAAAACAACAAGAUCUGCUUUUUAACCCCACAUCACACACACACUUUUCUUUCACUUAACUUGAGACAGUUUCUGUUUUUUAGUUUUUUAAUUUGUCCCUCAUCAUCAGCACACAGCGGAGCAGCAAACUGUUGGAGUUAAAGAGAGAAGGAUGAAGGUUCAAGGAAGAGAAAACACUUUGUAUAAUGAAUAAAUUAUUUAACAAGCA